AUGGUUAAAGCGUGGUAUAUGGAUAACGACACUACGAAUCAAUGUUUAGAACAUCAUAGGAACCCACCCGAAUUUAUCACUGUGGAAGAUUUAUACAAGAAAACCGGUGUUGAAUAUUUUAAAAUAAAUGUUGAGACCUAUAAAACUGAUGGAAUAUUGGACAAAAUUAAAGAAGAGCGUGGCUACACCUAUGAGGAUGAAAUUGUUUGCUCCAAAGAGUGUUUGCCAAACUUUGAAGAAAAGCUGAAGUCCUUUUUUACAGAACACUUGCAUACAGAUGAAGAAAUCAGGUUUGUCCUAGAAGGUUCUGGCUAUUUCGAUGUUCGAGAUGGCGAUGACCAAUGGAUCCGGAUAGCUGUUUAUGCUGGUGACAUGAUCGUCAUACCCAAAGGCAUCUAUCACCGGUUCACCCUUGAUACAAAUCAUUUCAUCAGAGCGAAACGCUUCUUUGUCGGCGAACCAGUCUGGCUUCCAUACAACCGACCGGCAGACGAUAUGCCCUGCCGCAAGGAGUACGUAGACAAACUGCAGAAAGGCUUCGUCACUGCUGCUUAA